CUUUUUACACAGUGCACAAAGACUUAACCAUUGUUAUAGUGUCACUCAUGAUGUACAGCUUCAUGGGAGGGGGCCUAUUUUGUGCCAUCGUGGGGAACAUCCUGCUGGUGGUCUCCACAGCCACAGACUACUGGAUGCAGUACCGUCUGUCUGGCAGCUUUGCCCAUCAGGGGCUGUGGAGGUACUGCAUGUCUGGCAAGUGCUACAUGCAGACUGACAGCAUUGCCUACUGGAAUGCCACUCGUGCUUUCAUGAUCCUCUCUGCCAUGUCAUGCUUUGCUGGCAUCAUCGCAGGAAUCCUCUCCUUUGCCCACUUUUCGGCCUUCGAGAGGUUCAACCGCUCAUUUGCUGCUGGGAUCAUGUUCUUUGUUUCGACUCUCUUUGUUCUGCUUGCAAUGGCCAUUUACACUGGGGUGACAGUGAACUUCCUGGGCAAGCGCUUUGGUGACUGGCGCUUCUCUUGGUCCUACAUACUAGGCUGGGUGGCACUGCUCAUGACCUUCUUUGCAGGUAUAUUCUACAUGUGUGCCUACAGGAUGCAUGAGUGCAGAAGAGUGGCCGGCCCACGUUAACAUAAACCACAAAUAAUGUGUAAAAAAUAAUAAAAUUUG